AUGGCCGUGAGCAACGUCGUGGAGACACACGGAGGAAUGGGAAACCGUUUGCGAAGGCUGGAGCUGCAGUGGUGGCAGGCACAGCAGGCCGGGGUGAGCGGGAGCGGUGCAGCGCCCAGCCUGGGCUCAGGCUCCUCCCUGACAGCCUGCUGCUUCGUGCACUACUUCACGCUGCGCGGGAUCAAUGUGGACAGUGGGCCGGAGCCCAAUGAGCUGGCAGUACUGGGGCAGUUCUGCGACUACUGCAACUCCCAGGACCCCAGGAAAGCCCAUCCAGUCACCAACGCCAUCGAUGGGUCGGAGCGCUGGUGGCAAAGCCCGCCCCUCUCUUCAGGCACGCGGUACAACCAGGUCAACGUCACCUUGGAUCUGGGGCAGGUCUUCCAUGUGGCCUAUGUUUUAAUCAAAUUUGCCAAUUCUCCUCGCCCUGACCUCUGGGUCUUGGAGAGAUCGGUGGACUUUGGGAGCACCUACUCACCUUGGCAAUAUUUUGCUCAUUCUAAAGCAGACUGUUGGCAACAAUUUGGGCGGGCAGCCAACACGGCCAUCACCCGAGAUGAUGACGUGCUCUGCACCACGGACUACUCCCGGAUCGUGCCUUUGGAAAAUGGCGAGGUUGUGGUGUCCUUGAUAAACGGUCGUCCAGGUGCAAGAAACUUCACUUUCUCCAACACCCUGCGGGAGUUCACCCAGGCAACAAACAUCCGCUUGCGCUUUCUCCGAACCAACACGCUCCUGGGACACCUCAUCUCCAAAGCCCAGCGGGACCCCACCGUCACCAGGCGGUAUUAUUACAGCAUCAAGGACAUCAGCGUGGGCGGGCACUGUGCGUGCAACGGCCAUGCCGACGUGUGCAGUGCAGACAACCCUGAAAAAGUGUUCCGAUGUGAAUGCCGCCACCACACCUGCGGGGAGACCUGUGACCGCUGCUGUGCCGGGCACCACCAGAGGCGCUGGCAGCCGGCCACGUGGGGGCACAGCCAUGAGUGCGAAGCCUGCAACUGCCAUGGCCACGCUGCCGACUGCUUCUACGACCCGGACGUCGAGCGGCAGCAGGCGAGCCUGGACAUCCGCGGCGUCUACGCAGGUGGAGGGGUCUGCAUCAACUGUCAGCACAACACGGCGGGCAUAAACUGCGAGCAGUGCGCCAAGGGCUAUUUCCGCCCCCACGGCGUGCCGGUGGAGGCCCCCCACGGCUGCAUCCCUUGCAGCUGCAGCCCUGAGCACGCGGACGGCUGUGAGCCGGGCUCGGGCCGCUGUGCCUGCCGGCCCAACUUCCACGGCGACCACUGCGAGGAGUGCGCCCCCGGCUACCACAACUUCCCGCUCUGCUCCCGAAUUCCUGUUUUCCCUGUUUCUGCUCCAAGUCCAGAAGACCCAGUAGCUGGAGACAUAAAAGGCUGUGACUGUGACUUCGAAGGAGUGCUCCCCGAAAUCUGUGAUGCCCACGGGAGGUGCCUGUGCCGCCCAGGGGUCGAGGGCCCCCGAUGUGCUGCCUGCCGCCAGGGUUUCUACUCGUUCCCCAUCUGCCAAGACUGCCAGUGCUCAGCCCUCGGCUCCUACCCGACGCCCUGCAGCCCAGCGACGGGCCAGUGCGCGUGCCGCCCGGGGAUCGCAGGACGGCGCUGUGACCGGUGUCUCUCGGGCGCCCCUGACUUCCCCCACUGCUCAGAAUGCCGGUGCCACGCGGCGGGGACGGUGAGCGGAAUUGGAGAGUGUGGGCAGCGCGACGGGGACUGUCACUGCAAGCCCCACGUCGGGGGUGAUUCCUGCGACACGUGCGACGAUGGCUAUUUCGCUCUGGAGAAGGGCAGUUACUUCGGGUGUCAAGGGUGUCGGUGUGACGUGGGUGGGGCCGUCACCCCCGUGUGCAGCGGGCCCGCUGGGGUGUGUGUGUGCCGGGACCACGUCGUGGGGAAGGCGUGCCAGCGACCUGAGGACAACCACUACUUCCCGGACUUGCAUCACAUGAAGUACGAGCUCGAAGACGGCACCACCCCCAGCGGGAGGGACCUGCGCUUCGGGUUUGACCCCCUGGAGUUCCCCGGGUUCAGCUGGAGAGGAUACGCCCAGAUGACCCCCCUCCAGAACGAGGUGAGGGUCCUGCUGAGCGUGGGGCGGUCGAGCCGCUCUCAGUUCCGUGUUGUUCUGCGAUGUGUGAACCCUGGAGCGGAGGCGGUAGCCGGCCUUGUGACUCUUCAUCCAUCCGGGGCGGAGGCAGACGCUGCUCAGAGCAGAGGGGUCGUCUUCCUGCCCAGCAUGGAGCCAGCCUUCAUCUCCAUCCCUGGAAGCGGUCCGGCCGACGCGUUCUCACUGGCACCGGGGAUGUGGGUGGCCUGCAUCAAGGCAGAGGGGGUCCUCCUGGACUACCUGGUGCUGCUCCCCAGAGACUACUACGCGGCCCCCUCGCUGCAGCUGCCCGUCACGGAGCCCUGUGCACACGUGGGCCCUCCCCACGAGAAGUUAGUGUCUCGGGUCCUGAGUCGGGGGCUUGCUGCAGGGUGUGCGGUGGCCUCAGGUCCCAUCUGCAGCCGGAAGCUCUGACCAUUACUUAAGGGUGGUUUUUCUCUCUGGAGCAGGUGACCCUCUUCCACGUUAAGAAUCACAGAGCACUUUGCACCCCGUAGCUGGUGCUUAAGAGCGGCUCGCACCCUGUAGCUUGUGGAAACGCUGGUGCAUGCCCCAGUAAGGCCCAAAGUCAUGCACCUGUGAGGGGAGGAGCUUAAAA